CAGGAGAGCAGGGUUCUGCGUUUCGUAAACAACAUGGCGCGUCACGGACUCGGCUGGACUUGAGACGCUGCGGCUGACAGCGGAGAUCUGACAGAAAGAACAAACACCCUGACGGUAAUAAUAAUCCGCAGUAAAGCGGCAUUAACUUCAGCGGACUGCAGCGGGGGAGCAGAUCAGCGACGGGAGUGUGAAAAGGUGCUUGGUCUAUGGGCUCCCAGUCCAGUUCUGGCAUGUCCGGUCGCGGCUCGAGCGGGAACCCGGACCAGUCAGACCCAGAUUCGAACCAAAAUCAGUCCACAACCCCGAGGAGCCGCAGGGGAACCGAGAGAGCGUCGGCAUCUGACGAGGACGUCGAUCUAGCGCAAGUACUGGCGUACCUACUGAGAAGGGGCCAGGUUAGGCUGGUCCAUGGCAGCGGUGCAACAGGGUUACAGCUUGUCCAGUCGAUCUCCGACUCGGAUGAGGACAGCGAUGGAGCAUGGGAGGGACGGCUAGGACAUCGAUAUGAUCCUCCUGUGGAUUCGCACCCAGACACUCAGGAGCUGGACCGCAGCGAGAUCCGCACUCAGAUCCUUUUAGCCACAGCGUCCUCACACACGAGGAACAAGCACAGCUUCACACACAUGCUUAAUCAGCGGGAGCAGGGACGCUGUCAUGGAUCCAGCUUCUCUCAUGGGGAAUGUAGCCGUAUUCGCUCACAUUUCCUGCCUAACUAUGUGGCACACAAGGACACUUAUCAGCAGAAAGCAUUUUGUGGAGUGUACAGUGAGGAUGGAAACCUUUUCCUCUCUGCAUGCCAAGACCAGAACAUUCGGCUGUACGACACCAGCCGGGGCAAAUUCCACCUGAAGCGCACGGUGAAGGCGCGAGACGUGGGCUGGAGUGUUUUAGACGUGUGUUUCACACCUGAUUCACGCUCCGUUCUCUACUCCAGCUGGUCUGAUUACAUCCACGUUUGCAGUAUAGAUGGCGAGAGUGAAACGCACACCGCCCUGGCCCUCAACCCAGAUGAAAGAAGGUUCUGCGUGUUCUCACUCGCGGCAUCCACAGACAGCAGAGAGGUUCUGGGCGGAGCGAACGAUGGUUGUCUUUACGUAUUUGACCGUGAGCUGAACAAGAGAACUUUAAAAAUUGACGCUCACGAGGACGACGUAAACGCCGUUGCCUUUGCCGACGCCUCGUCUCAGCUGCUGUUUUCAGGCAGUGAUGACGCGCUGUGCAAAGUGUGGGACCGACGCACACUGAGAGAACACGCACCUCAACCAGUAGGAGUAUUGGCAGGACACAGAGACGGAAUCACCUUCAUACACAGCAAGGGUGAUGCCCGGUAUCUCAUCAGUAAUUCAAAGGAUCAGACAAUUAAGCUGUGGGAUGUGAGGAAGUUUUCUCCUAAAGAAGGCCUCGCAGCAUCACGGCUCGCCGUCACACAGCAGAACUGGGACUACCGCUGGCAGCAGGUCCCACAGAGAGCUUUGAAGAGGCACAAACUGACCGGUGACACAUCAGUCAUGACGUAUCGAGGCCACGGUGUUCUUCACACGCUCAUCCGCUGCCGUUUCUCCCCUGAGUUCAGCACAGGACAGAAGUUCAUCUACAGUGGCUGCUCAACCGGGAAAAUAAUCAUUUACGAUGUUCUUACAGGACAUGUCGUGUCCAAACUGACGGGUCACGACGCGUGUGUGAGAGACGUCAGCUGGCACCCAUACCAGGAUAACAUCAUCAGCAGCUCUUGGGAUGGUGCAAUCCGCUUGUGGGAGCACAGACACAAUCACCUGCUGGAUACGGAGAGGGAGCGAGUGAGCGAAUGCAGGCCGGAAAAGACGACAGAGCAGAAGUGAACCGGCUGAGAUUUGUGUGUGAUUCUGAAAACAUAUAGGCUAUAGGUUUUUCUGCUGGCCAAAAGAAUAAAACUGCACAAACAACCAGGGCGAUACACUAGCGCAAUGUUUAUUAUGCGCAAUAUAGGUUUCGGUUUCUUAUUAUAAAGCUUAAUGUUAUUUACAUCACACACAGUAAUAAUAGUAGUGAUAAAAAAGAUGAUGAUGAUGAUGAUGAUGAACUUAUUGCAUUUUGUCUCCGUGUGACAACACACAGCAUUUAAAAGUUAAAAAAUAUGAUGUUGAAUUUGACUGAUAAGUUAAGCAGAAUAAUAUAAGACAUUGGAAUAGUGUUAAUGUUGAUUUAAAAAAAGGGAAAUGUUAUUUUGAAGUGUAAUGUGAAAGAGUGAGGAUUAGACGUGUGUGUGUGUGUGAGUGCGAGCGCGUGUGUGCGCGCGAAUAUGUCACUAAAAUUUGUUCCUGCGGCUCUCCAUAAUGCAUUUGUAAAUUAUUAAUGAAGUUAAUUAAAAUCCUUUUUCAGUCUUGAA